GAAGGCAGCGCAGUGCGCAGGCGCGGCCUGGUCCCGGAAGGAGGAUGGUGGUGCGGCGAGUGCUGCUGGCGCUGCUGAGUGACCCUCGCUUGCAGGAGCGCCUGGCGGGGGCGCGCCCCAUCCGAGCGGCGGCGCGCCUGGCCGCCUCGGCCCUCACCCGCGGACUGCGCCUGCGCAACGCCUUCCUGCGCGAGCUCCGCGAGGAGGCCCCGGGCCCAGUGGGGACAGCGCCCCGGAGGAGGAGGGAAGAAGAAGGGAGCCUGACCCAGGCAAGACUCGCCCCGAGUGGGAAGGAAGGAAGGAAGGAGGGAAGGAGCGCCUGA